UUGCGUCCUUUCUUCCUUCUUACUCCCCAUAAAUAUAAUAUCUCCCAACACACUCUCCGCCUUUCUAAAAUGAGCUCCACUAAAGCAAACUCCGAUCAACCACCCAAGCUCAGCCUCCCAUGGAAAACAAGGAUCGCCAUUUCAUUUCUCUCCGCUCUUACCGACACAUGUCGUCGCUCCGACGGUACUAUCAACCGUCGGCUCGUCAAGUUCUUGGACUUUCAGACUUCUCCCAAUUCUAAACCCAUAAACUCCGUUUCCACCUCCGACACCACCGUCGAUCCUGCCCGCAAUCUCUGGUUCCGUACCUUUUCUCCCAUCUCAGUCUCCGGCCCCACCCCCGUUGUCAUUUUCUUACACGGAGGUGGCUUCACUUUCCUAAGCGCUGCCUCUAAAGUCUACGACGCCGUUUGCCGCCGUUUCGCGCGUAAAAUCCCUGCUUUUGUUAUUUCUGUUAAUUAUCGUCUGUCCCCUGAACAUCGCUACCCUUGUCAAUACGACGACGCAUUUGAUGUUCUUAAAUUUUUGGAUGACAAGGCAGUACUUCCACAAAAUGCUGACUUGUCAAAAGUUUUUCUUGCCGGUGAUAGUGCAGGUGCUAAUAUAGCUCACCAUGUGGCAGUUCGAGCCUGUCGGGCUCAAUUUCGGGUGUUGAAGAUAAUCGGGCUGGUUUCAAUCCAACCGUUUUUUGGUGGUGAAGAGAGGACUGAAUCCGAGACCCGAUUAAAGGGGUCACUUUUGGUUUCAUUGGCCCGAACCGAUUGGAUAUGGAAGGUGUAUUUGCCAGACGGGUCAAACCGAGACCACGAGGCAGCUAAUGUGAGCGGGCCGAAUGCGGUAGAUAUAUCGGGUUUGGAUUAUCCGGAAACGCUUGUGUUUGUGGGCGGGUUUGACCCGUUAGGGGAUUGGCAAAAGAGAUACUAUGAGUGGUUGAGAAAGUCAGGGAAAGAAGCAACGUUGAUUGAGUAUCCACACAUGAUUCAUGCUUUCUAUAUAUUUCCUGAAUUACCAGAGGCCUCUCAGUUAAUUGGACAAGUUCGAGAUUUCGUGACCCAGCGAUUGUCUAAAUUAUGAGUAGAUGAAGAACGUAUAAGUUUUUAUUAUUAUUAUUAGUUUAAUGUGUAUUAUUGUAUUUCUAUGGUGUUCAACAAAUGU